AUGGUUAGACAUAUCCCAUAUCUUUUCGUUUAUGAAAAUAUUUCAACCUCACAUGCAACCGCAAAACAUGUAAACUGUUUCAAUUUUAUUUUGUUCGAACCAAGUAGCCUGUUUCAGCGCUGGAUUUAUAGGGAUCUCAAGGUCAAAAUUAUUUCGUACAAGUUAUCGCCCACUAACAACAAAACGAUCAAUAGUCAUCUCAAAUGA